GCGGCGCCGGCUGCCGGGAGGCCGGGAACAUGGCGGGGCAGCCUGCGGCCCCGGCCACACCGCCGCCCAGCCGGGACCGAGCAGCGCCCAACGUGGUGGCGCGGAUCUCGCAGUGGGCCGACGACCACCUGCGCCUCGUCCGGAACAUCAGCACUGUAAUGGCCGUGGCUGGAGUAAUGCUACUUCUAAGAAGUGUUCGACUGACAUCAAAAUUCACACAUUCUUCAGAUAUUCCAGUAGAAUUUGUAAGAAAGAAUGUUAAACUACGAGGACGACUACGCCGAAUAACUGAGAAUGGUUUAGAGAUUGAACAUAUUCCCAUUACUUUACCUGUUAUAUCUUCAUGGAGAAAAGAGCCGUGUGGUGUUUUGCUGGUUAAGUUGGCUGGAGUAGAACUUACUGAAACUGGGAAGGUGUGGUUACAAAAAGAGCUAAAACCUUCCCAAGUACUAUGGUUCCAACUUCUCGGAAAGGAGAAUUCAGCACUCUUUUGCUACCUUUUAGUGAAUAAGAUGGUAAAAGCAGGAAGGCCUCCCUUUCCCCCUCCCCUGGGUGUUAGCUGAGAUGGUUGAAGUCUGGAGCUGUCCCUGGCCAUGCUCUACCCCCACCAGCCUACAGAGGACGCUCAUAUGUAGUAGGAGAGAAUACAAUAAAAACUUUGGAAAAAAGCAGAAAAAGAGUAGGAGCAAAAGUGAGAAUGAGUGUAAUGAUGACUGAACUCCAGGAUCCAGUCAUUACUGCGGCCCUUAUCCUUUCUCCUGUCUUAAGUUAGGAGUCAGCACAGUGCCUUUUGCCCUCAAGCUAGUUUGAGUUGGGAUUUUUAUCUAAAAGUCUUGAUGAAUACAGGGGGCAGAGCUGUGACAGCUACUGCUCUAUAUUUCAGGAAUACUAUCUAUAUUCCAGCUAAGACUUCAGCAACACCAGGUACAUGGCAGGUGCUUCAGACAUAAGUGUUGAAACUCAAUAGGUCCUCCUUGAUAAUUGUUAAGCUCUUUGGUCAUCCUCUUGAUUUCUUGGUGCAUUGAUUAAAACAGAGACUAUUCAUCUCCUUCACUCUCUUGUUUCAUGCCUAUAACUUAAAGAUUUGAUUUGAGUCUCUCAAACACAGCUAUUUUUGCAACUGAAAGCAUGAUUUUUUGCAUAGCUAGAGAAAGCUAUUUCCAACACAGAUUUCUAGUUCAGUUUUCUAAGAACUCCUUAAGAUUUGCAGCACAGCGGGCCCACCGCAAGGCACAUCAAUCAUCUCCCGUUUAUCGGGUACCUUUUACAGGAUUUUCUGUGAUCCUGGUGUCACACUGUGUAUCAAGGCAGAGGUGAUAUGGAGGAGUCUGGCAGCUAUUUAGAAGGGAGGCCAGGCAGUGCUGUGCCAGUAUAAUUAAUGAGAGUCACUGCUCUGAAAGCCAGAGGAGGGUGGGGGUUGGGAAGGAUGUCUUUCACCAGUCAAUGGCAUUUAAGAAAAAUCGCUGCUUUCAUAGCCCUUUUACUGCUGUGAGGAGGUUAAGUCAAAGGACUGCCGUAAAGGGCUUUCUGUAACUCCCUGCGAGGAUGGAGGUCCCUGUGUAUGGGGAAGCAGGGAGAAUUCAACCCCAAAUUUUUCAGCAAGGCUGAUUUCAACCUUGAAUGGAGCUCCCAGCAGGAGUUCCUUAUGCUUGGAAGUCCUUACUAAAAGAUUAUAGCUUACAUAACCAAGAGACCAGUCAAAAAAGGUACUUAGGUUUUACCUGCCCAAAGAAGUGUUAACCUAGGUCCCAUUUUCUCCAGUCCCCUUGUAACCAGUGAAGGAAGAAUGGGGUGUUAUUUGGUUUGUUUUCCUAUGGACUGUUCGGUAACCAUGGAAGGGUUUGUGUGACCUAGAGAGGCUGUUUACUACCCACUGUCUAAUCCCUUUGUUAUUGUUCUCCUUGAUUGUCACAAGCAGGGAAAAAUAGUUCUGUCCUGCUUCGAAAAACUUAGUGUAACAAUCACAUUUUCUUGGUUUUAGUUAGUAAUUUUUCUCUGAUUAAUGGUGAAAGAAAGACUCAGAGGGAAAAGCUACAUUAAAAGAUUUAUGGAUAUAUACACUUAAGACCAUGAUGAAGUAUGAUUCACACCAACUUCAGAAUGAUUGCCUUUGAGGUGAAAGGGAGGGAGAAGGGCCACGAGAUGGGGUUUUAGCUGUAUCUGGAAUGCUUUAUUUAAAAAAAACGAAGGGAUGAAGGAAUGAGAGUAUGAUUUGGGUUGUUUGCCUUGUUUUUGGUAGGUUUGAAAUAUUGUAUAAUUUAAAAAAAUGUAAUGUUCUCAAAAUUAUGGUAAUUGAUUAAAACUAUCAAAAUAAAGAAUGCAUAGCAAACAA